CAUAUUUAACGCAUAAGGAAUGGUAUGCAAUUCUGACCUUGCAAGAUACAGCAAUUACAUCUAAAGAACGCCAACUUUCUUUUCAAGACUCGUCACUUACUUACAAUCCCAUCGCAAUGUCGUCGGUGGAUCCGAACCAAGCGGAUAUUGUCGCAUUCAUGAAGAAGGCGUCUCGAGAGCUUGGGAAAGACCUUCCUGCGCCAAAGGACGUGUUCAAGUUCGGAGGGGACAACCCUGCGUUGAGUGAUCAAAGGCUGCAACUCGCCAUCGAAGGCAAGAAAUCAGCGACAACAUCGUGGCCCAUUCCCGAUCCGCAAUAUUGGGACGUUGGCGAUUGCUCCGUCAUACUGAACGGCAAAGACCAGCCAGCAGCUGUCAUGCGCACCACAUCGUUCGUGCGGUGCAAAUUCAAGGACGUGGCAGAGGAUUUUGCGCUUGCAGAGGCAGAAGGUGAUUACGAAGAUUAUCGUAAGGGCCACAUGUGGUUCUACGGCCGGCAAGAGAAUGGACAUGAGUUCAACGAUGAAAGUAUGGUACUCUGUGAAAGGUUCGAGGUGAUCUACCCGGCUAAGCCAAAGAAUUGAGGUUUUGCAUGAGCACGAGUGAGGAAUGAGGUCUGGAUUCCAGGGUAACAAAGAGCAUGUGUCUCGGGACAAUUUCAGCCAUAGUUGCGCGCAUAAAGCAAAUUGUAGAUUCAAUCCGAGGCUAGGCUAGCAUUGAAACUGUGCGACGUUGUGUAUGCUGC